AGUCGGCAAAAAUCUGAAAAACGCCAAAAAUAAAAACAGAUUUUUGAUGUUCUUGAGACUACAGAACGCCUUACUUCAAAAUCACACCGACGCACCGAGACACACGCACACAAAAUGGCACUUCUCUACACCUCACACUCCUCCCUCCUGUUCUCCCCCUCUUCUUCCAAAAAACCCAACAACCCACUCCCUCUUUCCAAAACCCCACCACUACCAUCUCUCUCUUUCUUCCGUAAACCCCCUCAAACCCUCCGUUUCCUGACUCAAAUUACUAAAAAACCCAAAUUCCGGACCCUCCUCACACACAUCUCCUCUUCCUCCUCUGACCCGACACCUGACUCAGAUCCUGAACCAAACUCACCUCCGGUAGGUAUCACUGACGAGUGGGGUGAGAAGGCAGAACCCGAACUCGAACCUGAAUACCCGAAAGCUGCGGACUUGGAUCCUCCGAGAAAUGAUGACGAGUGGGGUGGGGAAUUUGUUGCCGUGGAAAAUGGCAACGCAGCGGCACCGAGUUCCAGCAGUGCUGUGGUCGUGGAGAAGGAUGAGAGGGUUGAGGAGUUGAAGAGGAGUUUGGUAGAUACGGUCUAUGGUACUGAUUUUGGGUUUCGGGCCAGCCAGGAAAUCCGGGCUGAGGCUUUGGAGUUGGUUAAUCAGCUGGAGGUUGUAAAUCCAACUCCGGCACCUGUGGAUGCUACUGGGGUGCUUGAUGGCAAAUGGGUUUUGGUGUAUACUGCAUUUUCAGAGCUGUUGCCACUUCUGGCAGCAGGUGCUACACCUUUCUUGAAAGUGAAAAGCAUAUCUCAAACAAUUGAUGCUAGCAGUCUAUCUAUAGUGAACUCAACCACAUUGUCAGGCCCUUUUGCUACUUUCUCCUUUAGCGCUUCUGCUACUUUUGAGUUUCGGACUCCUUCAAGAAUACAGGUGGAGUUUAAGGAAAGCGUGCUGCAACCUCCACAGAUAAAUUCCAGCGUAGAACUCCCAGAAAAUGUUGAUCUUUUUGGGCAAAAGAUCAAUCUGUCUCCCAUCCAGCAAUCUCUUGGUCCUCUGCAGGAGGCAGCAGCAAAUAUUGGAAGAACCAUUUCUGGCCAGCCACCGCUUAAGGUACCCAUUCCAGGCAACCGAGCAAGCACCUGGCUUCUCAUUACCUACCUUGAUGAGGAUCUCCAAAUCUCAAGAGGGGAUGGUGGUCUUUUCGUUCUUGCUAAAGAAGGAAGCCCUCUUCUAGAACUCUAGCCAGGUGCAUUCUGCAACCUGCAACGUGCUAUCUAUAAAUUGGAUGUACAGUGUCUUCUCUUCUAUACUUGACCUUGUAGAAAAGGGAAUGGUUUAAAUGGUGAAUAAGAUGCCUAGAUCCAGCAGAGGAAAAGAGAGAAACUUUGAAACCCUUACAUUCCGAUAUAAUUAUAAGAUUACACAUUUUUUUAA